AACUCUGGCUCUCCCGGCCCCUUGGUUUCUAUAGAGACUUCUCUUCUCUCUCUCUCUCUUUUCUUCACCUCUAUUAUUGCGCCAUUCAUUUUCUACGGGACAACCCUUUUUUUUUUGCCACCCCACGACAAGUCUCGUCCCUUUCUCUCCCAGUCCAAGAAGUAGCUCAACUUGGCCAUAUUUUCUGAGAAAUCUACGGCUGUACUUCAGCUGUCUUCCUCACAGGACUACCUGCCUGCCUGAUCUUGCCCUGAUUCUCCCUUCCCUCAUCUCCCAUUUCUGCCUGACCCCUGACCCCAAUAGGGCCACCAUGUCAUCAGCCCCCAAUGUCACCGCCUCCCCAGUGGAGGGCCGCUUCUUCUGGAACGUCGAGCUGCCCACCUGCGGCGACCUCCAGUGUCACAGCAAUGGCGAGUGCGUGACCCACGGCGAGACCACGGUCUGCGAGUGUCGCCUGGGCUACGUGGGGGAGUUCUGCCGGGACACGGUCAACGAGGCGCUGUCCCUCAAGCUGACGCUGGGCACACUGGCCAUCAUCCUGGGAAUCCUCCUCGCUGCCUUCCUCUUCGCCAAGCUCAGGCAGAAGAAGAAAGCGCAGAUCAGGCAAGCCACUGACAAAGAGAGGGAGAGACUGAAGCUCGAGGGAGAAUGGGCUUAGUACCACACCACGGAUCCAGCAGGGGAAAACGACAAACAUGGUUCACACUCAGAUCUGAAAGGACUGUUUGUAUGUCUUUUACUUUUUAAGUACUGUUUUUUAGUCUUUUUUUCAAGGCAGUUAGAGAAACCUGACAAUGUUACAUUUUUAUAAUAUUGUGAAGACUUUUAAUCUAUUUUAUAUACUGUAUUGUUAAAUAGUAUCAUAGACUUUUAUUUUCUCUAGUGCUUUGCACCUGUAUAGGGGGCGGACAAACUGGAUUGACAAAAGUAAAAGUC